GCGCUCCGCUGGGACAGAGGAAGCAUAAAGAGACGGGGAGGGAGGGAAUGAGAUUUCUUGCUACCCAAUCCCCCUUUUCCCCUGGGAGAGCAAGCCUUCCAUGGUCCGUCCCUCCCUCUUGUUUGGUAAUCAUUUCAUUUUACUCCUUUUUGAAGCAGUCGCUUGUUUUAUCCCACUUUUCAUUUCACAAUCCCGUGCGCGUAUGUUCGCCUUCUUCUGAUCAACUUCGGCAUCUCCCCUCUCUUUACUCACAACGAAAAGGUAUCCUAGAUCCCGGCUGAUUCUUCUCCUUCGAGAUGCUUAACUGUUCUAGCGCUCACCCUCUCUCCACCCUCUUUUAACUUGAGACCGGUUAAGCUUGAGCGAACUGAACUGGGGUUGGAAUUAAAAAAUAAAGCGGAAAAACCCAAAGGGAUACGACGCUCGUCUUUGGAUAAGGACCGCUAUAUCGCUUUCCCCCUUGUUGCACUUUGGGGAAGAUUCUUCCCUUUUCAGUUGCUCGUCGUUAAUCCAGGUGGCCUUGUGAGUUGGUUAAGAGAGAGAUUCCCAGAAGGUUACUUUCAUGUUCUCCAUCCAGGACAGCCUCCCGCGGGGAGCCUUGACCAUGAAAGAGGAACCGCUCACGAGUGGCAUGACACCCGUCCGCUCUUGGAUGCAGAGCGCGGGGAUAUUGGACGCGAACACAGCAGCACAAAGCGGUGUAGGUCUGGCCCGGGCUCACUAUGAAAAACAGCCCCCCUCGAACCUACGCAAAUCCAACUUCUUCCACUUCGUGUUGGCGCUGUACGACCGACAGGGCCAGCCCGUGGAGAUCGAGAGAACCUCUUACAUAGACUUUGUGGAGAAAGACAAAGAGUACAAUGGAGAGAAGACCAACAACGGCAUCCAUUACAGGCUACAGCUCCUGUACAGUAACGGCAUCAGGACAGAACAAGAUCUGUUUGUACGGCUAAUAGACUCCAUGACCAAACAGGCGAUCCUCUACGAGGGCCAGGACAAAAACCCCGAGAUGUGCCGUGUCCUUCUCACCCACGAGAUCAUGUGCAGUCGUUGUUGUGACAAGAAGAGCUGUGGAAACCGCAACGAGACGCCCUCCGACCCAGUCAUCAUUGACAGAUUCUUCCUGAAGUUCUUCCUCAAGUGCAAUCAGAAUUGUUUGAAAAAUGCAGGGAACCCACGAGACAUGAGAAGGUUUCAGGUGGUGGUCUCCACUACGGUGAACGUGGAUGGCCAUGUCCUUGCUGUCUCCGACAACAUGUUUGUCCACAACAACUCCAAACAUGGCAGGAGGGCCCGACGCCUGGACCCCUCUGAAGCAGCUACGCCCUGCAUCAAAGCCAUCAGCCCGAGUGAGGGGUGGACGACCGGGGGAGCCACUGUCAUCAUCAUCGGAGACAACUUCUUUGACGGACUGCAGGUGGUCUUCGGUACUAUGCUGGUCUGGAGUGAGCUAAUCACGCCCCACGCCAUCCGGGUCCAGACGCCCCCUCGCCACAUCCCAGGGGUCGUGGAGGUCACGCUCUCUUACAAAUCCAAGCAGUUCUGCAAAGGGGCACCAGGACGCUUUGUCUACACCGCCUUGAAUGAGCCCACCAUCGACUACGGCUUCCAGAGGCUACAGAAGGUCAUCCCCAGACACCCAGGAGAUCCCGAGAGGUUACCUAAGGAAGUGCUGUUAAAGCGAUCAGCAGACUUAGUAGAAGCCCUGUACGGAAUGCCCCACAAUAACCAGGAGAUCAUUCUGAAGCGGGCAGCUGACCUGACCGAGGCCCUGUACAGCGUCCCCCGCAGCCACAACCAGCUGCCUUCGCUUAGCGGCUCGGCCGCUCACUCCGGCAUGAUGGGAGUCAACUCCUUCAGCAGCCAGCUGGCCGUCAACAUCUCCGAGGCCUCGCAGGGGGACCAGGGUUACUCCCGUAACUCCAACAGCGUAUCGCCCCGUGGCUACGUCCCCAGCUCCACGCCCCAGCAGUCCAACUAUAACACCAUCACGUCCACCAUGAACGGCUACGGAGCGGGCAUGACCAACCUCGGGGUGCCAGGCUCACCCAGCUUCCUCAACGGCUCCGCCGCCAACUCCCCUUACGCAAGAUCUACCACCUCCCCCUCCUCCUCCUACUCCUCCUCCUCUUCCUCCAUCCCUCUGUUCUCCGGUGGACCCAUAGGCCCUUAUUCAUUCUCUCCUGUCCAUAUGAUCUCUGCAGUCAAACAGAAGAGCGCCUUCGCCCCUGUCGUGCGGCCACAGACCUCCCCGCCCCCCACCUGCACCACCACCAAUGGCAGCAGCCUACAGGGUUUUGCAGCAAAUCCAUAUGCAUAUCAUAAUUACCUCAACACACGGCUUUUCAUUUAAGAGGCCAUGGCAGGUCUAAUAGUCCCACCUAUGUGAAGAGGGCCUACUGCCAGAUUGACCACAUCUCCACUAGCUCACAGAAUCUCUACAGCAUCAGCUUAAAUCUCAUCAACCUCCAAAACAGGACCAUCAAGCCUCUUCACUCCUGGAAACAGAACAGCACAACAAAGAAAAUCCAAGUAACCGGAAAACCCGUAAAAUGACGCUAGAUUAUCUUUGUGUUGGUUCAGUAGUUGACUUCAUCGUCACUUUCUGUGUUUUGCAUUUUGGGACUUGUAAGCCAUUCCUUGCCCAACAGGUAGCAUUUCCACAUAGAUAUGUAUGAAGGGUUAACUAAUCUGAAAAUAUAGCAAUGUGAAUAACAAACUGUGGUUUUGAAAGGCAGGUAGUUACUCCUUGUCGUGUAAGCAUUGUCCGGCGUCCUACGAGGUUCAUUUGCAUGUCUGAAAAAGUAUUUUGACUGGAUCUUCUAAUGAACCUAGUUCGUUGUCAGUCAUAUAACCACUGUGAGCAGGUAGAGUCUAAAGGCCCACAGUUCAAAACGGUCAACUAUGGAAAAAGUGCAGAAGCCAUGAAUAUCCAACACUCUGUCAAUUGUCCGACUCAAAAUCGGUGGGAGUUUCAAUGAGAAUUCCCCACAAUGUCUAUAAAAGAAAAAUCAGCUUCAAAAAGACAACUGAUAUCUAAUGUCGUAGUCUUUUAGCAUUUUAAUUUGUGUACCAUAGCUUUUAAUAAUGUGCGUUUAUCAUAUCUGAAGGAAAAUGCAGUAAUUUUCUAAUCUAACGAAAGGGUUGGCAAACAUUCUGCCAAGGAGGAAAUAGCAAAUGUUGUACUAAACAGCCCAAGGUUUUGAGGUUAAAGGGUUUUAGAUGUCUACCAUUUUUGAAACAUAGUACAAUAGAUAUAUUUCCGGGUGUGUUGAUUGGUAGAUUUUAACCAGAAAUGCUUGCAGCAGUUUUAAUCACAUUUAGGUACCAGAUUUCUUGUUAUUCUUCUGAUUGUGCUUAUUUUGUAUGUAUUUAUAAAGUAUGUUUUGGGAUUCCUUUUGUGAUUUAGGCCUGAAUGAUAGUCUUAAAUAUAUAUGUAAACACAUUUGAUGUCUUAAUACCUUUUAGAUAUUGUAAAAAGAUUGAAAAAGGAGAGGAACAACCCUUUUGUAAAAACGAAAAAAGUCAAACAUGACAUGGUCACCCUGUCUUUCAAAGCAGGAUAUACGCCCCACCACUUUUGUAUAAAAAUGGUUUUCCGAUACUAUAUUUAACUUUUUUUUUGUAUACAGCAUUUGUGUUUUCGCCAGUUCUCCUUGUCCUUUGUGUAUUAAUGUGAAAUGUGUAUUAUCAUGGUUAUUUCUUAAUGCACUAUUUUAGUUGGGGCACUUACAAGAGCAAGGCAUCUUAGCAAGCAAGAACAAAAUACAAAAAAAGGAAAACAAUUACAGAAAAUGGAGAUUUAAAAAAAAAAAAUACAAAAGACAAAGGCUAGUACAAAUAUGCACCAAGAUGUUUUUUUUGUUGUUGUAGCCAUUCUUCGAUUCACAUUUUUGUCAGUGUGGCUAAAAUGGCAAGGUUGUUUUCAUGUGAAUUUCUCUUUUUCAAAAACUCUUCCAUCCUAAUCCUCCAUACUCCUUACUUAAAAUUUUAGGCGUAUCCAUUUUUUUUUCCGUUGGUUGGUUAGAAUUCAACUCCUUUCCCAUCUUAACUACGGACCCAAGCCUAUUCCUUGUGUUUUGGUGAUAAUGAAUGUAAUACACAUGCCUGAAUCAGCAGCAAGGUUGAAACUCAAGUACGCCCUCCAAUAACUGCUGUGGAGGGACCACUCAAGUGUAGGGUUCACCGAUCUCAAGGAACCUUCCAUUGAUGUCAGUGUUGUCGGUGGUGUUAUUGUCGUUGCACACAAAUCUGUAUCAUGUACUUAUGCAAUGUGUAUUUCCUGUAAAGCAAGCUAUCGCUCCACAUUUCAGUGGAAAUGGUUUUGAAACGCAAAAGAACACAAGACAUAAUUGAUGCCUUUACAAUAGAACACGCUCCAAUACAAUGCAUUUUCAUUGUUUUGAUACUCUUAAUUGAAGUGUGGUCUUAGAAUAUUUUUUUCUUCUUCUUCAAAAUGGAGUUAUGCUGUUGCAGAUUUAUUUAUUCCUUAUUUUACCAGGUGAGUUGACUGAGAAUACACUCUCAUUUACAGCAACGCCCGGGGGGAAAGUUACAAAACAUAGUAGAAAUAAAUAGAUGUCUAAGAAUUAGUUACAGUUGUCGUUCAUUUGAUGGUUUUGAAUAAUCAUUUGAGCUGCAGUGGAUGUAGUUUAAACUAGGAUAUGUUGAACGAUACAUCCUCCAAAUUUCCACAUAGCCUGUGUAACAUAAUGAUAGUGGGACAAUAGGUCACAAAAAAUCAAUGAUGCGCCUGAUUAAACCUUUGAUUUUAUGCUAAUUCUGUGCAGUGAUUGACAUAAAUCAGCUGUCAUCGGGUGGCAUCAACAUGUAGUCAUAAUGUGGGCUUGUGAAGAAAAGGAAAAAGGGAAAAUCUGUUGCACCACUUUGAAAGAGCCAUUUUUCAAUUACGAGAGUCAAGGCCAGCUCAUAUAGAAUGUCAUCUGAAUUCAAUAUUAUGGACUUCUAGACCCAUUUUCAAUGAAAACACACGUUUUCUCUUCGAGUUAAAUCUUGGCUGACUUCUCACAAUCCUCCCCUUCACCCCCAUGUAUCCAUUCCAUCCCUAUACUGACUUUUCAAAUAGCUUGCAACAUUUUUUUUUGUUUUGUUUGUUGUAGUUGUAGAAAGCUUGCUUUUUGCUGCCCUGGUUUUUCUGCAGAGGUUUUUUAAAUUGCAAAGUGUACUUUCUCAAUGUUUUAUUCAAUAUGAAAAGGGGAGAGGUACUGCAUCUUUGUCAAAUAUGAAAUGUACCAUCAAAGUAUACUCUAUCAAAGCACAAUGUUUAAUUAAUGUCUCUAAAAUACAAAAGGGGGGUAUCCCCCCCCCGCUUUUCCUUUUCUGUCUUUGACCAUGCUGUAAAUAGAUGCAUGUUUUUUUUUCUGUGAUCCAGUGCUUUUUGUACAGAAACAGACUAAUAAAGAAUACAUUUGGCUUGAAAA